AAAACAUACGACAGCACCUUCCUCCGACGGAAGUCCCCACCUCCGCCACGUGUCACCCCGUACCCGAUUCCCUGCGACCCAGCUCUCCUCCAUCAGACGGACCCCUUUCUCUCUAGGGUUUUCCUUCCAGCCUUCUUGAACGAUCCGAUCGCUCUCAGCAAAAGAACGCUGAACAAGGCCCGUACAUCUACGCUUUGAGCAUGGACCAAUCCACCCAACAGCAGCAACCUGUGAUUGGAGUUGUAACUGGUGCAACUCAAAUAGCAUACGCAGCUCCCUACCAAGCUGCCCCAAUGGUGGCUACUGCCCCUCCCAACUCUGGGUCCAUGCCUACAUCCGCUCAGCCCGGCCCACACCAGCUGACAUACCAGCAGGUUCAGCACCUCCACCAGCAACAGCAGCAGCAGCAACAACAGCAACUCCAGGUCUUCUGGGCCAACCAGAUCGAUGAGAUUGAGCAGACGAAUGACUUCAGGAACCAUAGCCUGCCACUUGCCCGGAUCAAAAAGAUAAUGAAGGCUGAUGAGGAUGUCCGGAUGAUCUCAGCCGAGGCCCCAGUGGUGUUCGCAAAGGCAUGCGAGAUGUUCAUCCUGGAGCUGACUCUGCGAUCAUGGAUCCACACUGAGGAGAACAAGCGGCGGACACUGCAGAAGAACGACAUUGCCGCCGCCAUCACGCGGACUGACAUAUUCGACUUCUUGGUUGACAUUGUCCCGAGGGAUGAACUGAAGGACGAGGGGCUUGGGAUGCCACGGGCCGCGAUGCCGGCGGUCUGCGGCCCAACAGACUCUGUCCCGUACUACUACCUCCCAUCGCAGGUGGGGGGCCCCGGAAUGAUUGUGGGGAAGCCGAUGGACCAAGCAGCACUAUAUGGCCAACAAGCUCAUCCUGUUGCCUACAUGUCAUGGCAGCAACCACAGCAGGAGCAGCAGCAGAUGCCUGAUAGCGGAUAAGAGAGUUCAUAGUGGGACUUUUGAGGUAAGUGUGUUUUUUACUAUAAAUGCUAGAAAUAUGGUUUGAUGUAUUUGAGUGUUUUGGUGUGGGUGAUAGUAAAAGAGUCUUACAGUAAUGACUAUACAAGCGAUGUUGAUCAUGAUGUGGAAGGAAUUUUGCUUCUGAGUUUAAAACUGCUGAUCAGGUGGGCCCACCUGUGGAUGUGACCUGACCUAAGAAACAUGGUUUGAGGGGAAAGAAAUGGACUAAGUAGUUCACAUUCAAAUGUUCAAAAUUUCAAGCUGUGACGAUUAUCGAUCAGAUCUGAUUUACAGGUCGUGUUGCAUCUGUGAUGUGGCCCACUUGAGCAGUUUAGGACUCGAAACAUGUGCCCUAUUCACAUGCCUGGACUUGGAGAACUUACUAUAGUAAUUGUAGUUGUGUUAGGAUGUUUUUGCGUGUAAAGUGGAUGGGACAAGAUUUUGUAUAUAGACUUGGGUUUGCCAGGCACCGUGGUUCAUGGGCCUGUUUCUGGAAUUUGAAGAACUAAUAGUUUUCAACUUUCGUUUCAA